AUGAUUAUCCCCAUUCGCUGCUUCUCCUGCGGCAAGGUCGUGGCCGAUCUCUACGAGCAGUACAUCAAAUACCUCGAGGAGGGCGACAACGAUGGACUGGCAAUGGACAAGCUUGGAUGUACGCGCUACUGCUGCCGUCGCAUGCUGAUGACGCAUGUGGAUUUGAUCGACAAAUUGCUGCAAUACGAUCCUACGAAAAAGAAGGCCGCCGAGGCGCAAAUUAGACAGGCUCAGGAUGCCUAG